AUGUCUUGGGACGAUUCCGGCCAGGUUAAUUCCGGUUGGGGUGCUUCUGCCACCGAGCCACAGGGCCACACUGAUUUCACAGGAGGCGGCGAUAACGCCUACGAUGAUGGCAGGGGCGGUGGUAAUGGUGAUGGAGCUUGCAGACAUUGUGGGGUUGAGGGACAUUUUGCGCGUGAAUGCCCUGACAAGCCAGCCAACGAUGGCGCCUGCUUCAACUGCGGUCAACAAGGUCAUAGUAAGGCAGAAUGCACUGAGCCUCGUGUUUUUUCAGGAGCUUGCCGUCAUUGUGCUCAAGAAGGCCAUAUGCACAAAGAUUGCCCAAAUAAGCCACCAGAAGUCUGUCGUAACUGUCGAAAAGAAGGUCAUCUUGCUAAUGACUGUACGAACAACCGCUACAUUGAUAACAGCGGGGUUCUCGAAAAGUCUGCUGAGGAAGCAUGGGAAGGCAUGACUCUAGCCAACGAGGAAGAUGACUUUGAUGCAUUCAAAACUUGCAUGCUGGAGUACAUUAAAGCUUGCCCUGGUGCUAAGUUUAACGAGUUGGAAUCGUCUUUCAGGUCAUCGCGCUGGAACUUUUAUCUCUAUGCACUAACACGUGAGCCGGAAUACUACGAGUGCAUUGUUGGCCCUAAUGGAGAACUUGAUGCCAAAUAUGUUUGGACUCUCAACAGAUCUCCCAAGCCCCGCCGCUCCAAGGCAAUAAAGGAUCGUAUGGAUCCGACUGCAGAAGGAAAUCUUGCACGCCUUGAAUUCGCUGGAGAGAUCAUGCCCGAGACAAAGCCUUUCUGCCAUACCUGCCGAGCAAGAGAGGCUGCGAGGUUGAGGCCCCUGAGAGGGAUCGUGAACGUGUCGUUCUCAAAUGCGGAAAUUGCGACGCUCUUGACCAUCGUCUACGCGAUUGUACCCUACCACGCAAACCAGCCUAUAACCCCAUGGAAUGCAAGAAUUGCCAUGAAGAAGGUCACAAAGCAUCAGAUUGCCCAAUGCCACGCGUUGCAGAUGAGAACACCGAAUGCCGCAAGUGCAACGAAAGGCCACUUUUCCAGGGAAUGUCCCCAGGGUGGUGGUGGUGGGCCUCAGGUCUGCUUCAACUGCGGUCAGGAAGGUCAUCGCUCAUCUGAUUGCACCAACGAAAAGGUUAUCAAGUGCCGCAAUUGCGAUGUGUUCGGCCAUAGUGCUAGGGAUUGUCCUAUGCCCAGGGAUAUUUCCCGAAUCAAGUGCAACAACUGUGGUGAAAUGGGCCAUUACAACCGUGACUGCAAAAACCCAACUGUCGAACAGGAAAGCGGAGGCUAUGGAUCAUAUUCGUAUGGUGGCGGUAACGAAACCUCCACUGAUGCGCCAGCGUGGGGUGGUAAAGAAACCCCCACUGAUGCGCCAGCGUGGGAUGACACCCCUGCCACGGAUGUACCCUCUGGCUGGUAA